UCUUAUUGUAUUUUUUAUAUUAAUUCUUUGUAUAAUCAUGUAAUUGAAGAUAUAAAUAAAACAACAUACAAGAAGUAAGCAUGAGGUGAAGAUUUAGCUAAUACGCAAACUAAUAGAAGGUAAGGUUAACAAAAGACAGACACAGAGAUGUUGGUUCCAGCGGAAAUGCUGACUGCCCAAUCAAAAAUGGUUUAUCAGCUUAAUAAGUACUUUGGCGAGCGUGUAAUGUCUCGUAAGAAUCAAGUUGCUAAAACUAUUCAGGAGGUUUGUCGCGUAGUUCAAGAUGUUCUGAAAGAGGUGGAAGUACAAGAACCUCGAUUCAUACCCUCGCUCACCGAUUACAAUGGCAGAUUCGAUGGUCUUGACGUGAUCUCACCUACAGAAUUUGAAAUUGUUAUCUAUCUAAAUCAGAUGGGUGUAUUGAACUUCGUGGACGAUGGAACCCUGCCGGGCUGCGCCGUUCUUAAGUUGAGCGAUGGUCGUAAAAGGUCGAUGUCCCUUUGGGUCGAAUUCAUCACGGCUUCGGGAUAUUUAUCAGCCCGUAAGAUUCGUUCUCGGUUUCAAACGUUAGUGGCUCAAGCUUGUGAUAAGUGUGCCUAUAGAGAUUCAGUGAAGAUGAUUGCUGAUACGACAGAAGUUAAACUAAGGAUUCGUGAACGAUAUGUGGUGCAACUAACACCGGCAUUUAAGUGUCAAGGAUUAUGGCCAAGAUCUGCAGCGCAUUGGCCAAUUCCACACAUACCUUGGCCUCAUCCGAACCUCGUAGCUGAAGUUAAAACAGAGGGUUUUGAUAUGUUAUCAAAAGAGUGUAUUGGGUUACAGGGCAAACAAUCAGCUAUGGAGGGUGAUGCUUGGGCGCUCUCGUUCUGGGAUGCAGAGAAUAGACUAUUACAAGGUGCAAGCAGAAGACGAUGUCUAAGUAUAUUAAAGACACUUAGAGAUCGACAUCUCGAUCUACCUGGGAAUCCAGUUACCAGCUAUCACAUGAAAACCUUGCUUUUGUACGAGUGUGAGAAACAUCCUCAUGAGGCCGAAUGGGACGACAUCUGUUUAGCCGAUCGUAUCAAUGGCAUCUUCCUGCAACUUAUCUCUUGUUUGCAAUGCAGAAGGUGUCCCCAUUAUUUUCUACCUAAUCUGGAUUUAUUCAAAGGAAAAUCUCCAAGUGGCUUAGAAAAUGCUGCAAAACAAGUCUGGAGAUUGACACGAGAAAUGCUAACGAAUAGUGCUGCGCUAGAGAAAUUGUAGUUACAAAAAUUUUUGAUAGAAUUUUGAUUCUGUGAUGCUUUGUGCGCGUCUUACAAAGAUAUGCAUAAAAAUUAUACAUACACACACGCAAACACACAUAGACACACGCAUAUAUGUGUGUAUAUAUGUAUGUAAGUAUGUAUGUAUAUAUAAACACGCGUUUUAUUCUAGUAUAGUGCCAUAAAUGUUCUUUUCAAAUGUGCUAUUAUAUACAACCUAAGUGAAUUGUUUGUUGUUGUGUACGUUUCAUUAAUUUUUUUUAUGUGAACCAUUUUAAUUUGGAAGCUAUGUUACGAAUUUCAAAUCAACCUUGAAAGAAGAAAUCGUAAGAAAAAAGUUUCCGUUGUUAUUAGUAUAAUUUUAAAUAGAAAAUUUUAUAAAACAAUGUGUAUUAAAAGAAUUGAAGUGGUAGAAAUCAAUAACAUGAGUGAAAAUGAAAGCAUAUUCAAUAAAUAGAAUUUAUGAAUAUUCAUUUUUUUGGAAAUUGUGUUAAAUAAUUAUA